CUAUAAAAGGGAUGGGGGGUUUUUGAUUUGUAAGAAAAAAAAGUUACUAAAUCAAAGAAAAAAAAUGAGAGUAGAGGGGAGAAAAAAAAGUAGUUUCGAGGUUAUAUUUUGAAAAAUAUUUCGGGAAAAAGUUGGAAGAAGUUAUAUUUCGGAGCUAAACGGAUCUAUUCGUGAAGUGUUAUAUUUUUUAUUCGAUAUUUAUUUAAAGGACUACAAGAGAAAUGACGAGUCCAAAUAUAUCUUUGUUGAUAUGGUGUGAUGGCCGUAUUGUGAGUUCUCCGUGUGGAAUAGAAUACCACGGGGGUCGUCCGGUUAAUAUGGCGCUUAGCGAGAGAAUGAGUUUCGAGGAAUUACAAAAUAUUUGUAGAAGAGCAGUUUCUACCGACGGGGAAGUAGAAAUUUCAAAAAUCUACUUCCGGCUUCCAAGAAUAGUUGAGGGUGCGAUACGGUCGUACUCGUUGUUUUCUGUGGAGAAUAACGAGCAUGUGUUUGGAAUUCUGAACGAGGUCGUGCGGUAUCCGCAACUCGAGAUUUUGGAAUUGUACGUGGAAUACGAGGCCGUGGUUCGCAACAAGACUUUACUAGAUCAGUUGGUCUUAGGUGAUUCAAGCGGGUCUGAGAGGGGUAGUGGUGAAGAGGAAGAAGAGGAAGAAGAGGAUUUCUACGACAGCAACGAAGAGGAUGUCGAGGAAGACUUAGGAGCAGAUUCACAAUAUGAGUCGCAACUUCCUGAGCAUGUAAGAACGGCGGAUCUUUGCGACUUUGACGUCGCCCCGGAGGAUGAUGAAAAGAUUAUGUGGGAUCCUGGGAUGGAAUUCCGAGUAGGGAUGGUAUUCCCAAAUCGCGAUGCCGUCCGAGCUUGUGCGACUACUUAUUCGGUCGGGGUGGGAAGAGAGUUCAAGGGUCGCCGGACUACCAACUCGACAAUAGUGUUGGCUUGCAGGCAGAACCCUGUAUGUAAAUGGUGGCUGCGCGCUACACUUCUGCAAGCAACUCAGACGUGGACGUUGACAAAAUAUAUUGGCCCGCACACGUGCAAUCAGCUGUUACCUGAUCCAAACCAUCGGAAUUUUGGGUCUGUUGCAAUCGCAGACUAUAUCAAGGGUCAAGUAAAGCUGCAACGUGAUAUACGGAUCGAUACCCUCAGAGCUGGAAUUUGGCAACAACUUGGAGUUAGGCCUCCGUAUAAACGAACCUGGAAUGCAAAGGAAAAGGCAAUAGCUGAUGUUUACGGUGGCUGGUAUGAAUCAUUUGGUAUGGUUCACAAGUUCAUGAACGAGAUGAUGCAUGUCAACCCUGGAUCUUUCUGGGAUGCAGAAGGCGCUGAGGUGUACACCGACGGGAUCCUUCAGCCGAAAGUCGUAACGUUCAUCCGAAUGUUCUGGACUUUCAAACCGACAAUUGAAGGGUUUCGUUUUUGCAAGCCAGUUUUGUUCGUCGACGGUACUCAUUUGUAUGGCAAAUACAAAAUGACCUUGUUGAUCGCGUCGGCAAUCGAUGGGAACAGUCACAUCAUGCCACUGGCAUUUGCACUUGUUGAAUCUGAAAGUACUGCCAGUUAUGAGUACUUUUUUGAACAUUUGCGUGAGCACGUGAUUUGCGAAAGGAAGGUGGCCAUUAUAUCUGAUCGGCACGCUGGAAUAUUGUCGGUUCUGAAGCGUCCUGAAUGGGCCGGUGUCGCCCACAAGUUUUGCAUCAGACAUUUCUGUAGUAAUUUUCAGACCAAGUUUAGGAACAAGGUUUUGAAGAAGCUGGCGGAUAAAGCAGGCCGAGCAUAUCAGAAGCACAAGUAUAAACGCUACAUGGCAGCGAUCGAGAUUAGAAGCCCAGAAGCGUAUGCAUGGCUGACUAAGCAAGAAAAGCGGCCUAAAGAAAAGUGGACAAGGGUGUAUGACAAAAAAGGGCAACGGCACAAUGUGAUGACAACUAACUAUGCUGAGUCUGUCAACGCGACACUGAAGAAUAUAAGGGGGCUUCCGAUCACAUCAAUGCUUGAGGCAAUUUUUGCGCGGAUGGUUAAAAUGUUCGACACGCGUUGGAAGACGUAUGAGGAGUUGAUUGCUACAAACGUUCACUACACCCCAAUAUGCAUCCAACUACUGAAGCAGAGGGGGGAGAAGGCCCGUUUUCAUACAAGUCAGACGUACGACCGUUCUACGAUGACAUGCAAAGUGGAAACUAGGAAGAACGGCUCAAAUGGGAGAGGAGGAAAUACCCAUACGGUAAACCUUCAGCAUAAGAAAUGCACGUGCGGUAAAUUCCAGCAAUUUAAGUUGCCCUGCUCUCAUGCUAUGGCCGUUUGUGCAAAGGAGAAGCUGAACCCUCUUGAGUUUGUGCAUUGGCAUUACCAGACCAAGUUUGCAAUUCAAUGCUGGAACACUCCAUUUAAAGUGUUACGUGCCGGCACAUACUGGAAGAAGUCCGGCGUAGACGAACCCCACUUCAUUCCAAACCCUGAAUGGCGUCGAAAAAGAGGGCGUCCAGUCAACCAGCGCUUCAGGAACGAGAUGGAUCAGGAAUACAGGGAAGAUCCGAGUCCUAACUGGUGUAGUAGAUGUUGUCGCCGGGGUCACAAUGCAGGAGAUUGUACCAAUCCUAUCCGAGAUGAGUAGAUUAUGACUGUUAUCGUGUAAUAGACAAGAAGUAGUUAUGACUGUUAUUGUAUUUGUGAUGACUGUUAUUGUAUUUGUGAUGAUUGUUAUUGUUUUAAUGAAUGUUACUUUAGUAAUGUAUUAUUCUUUUGAA